AUGGUGCUGAUUGAUGCAGGGCGAUCAGGGCUGCGGUGGGGCUGCCCAUGGUGAGAGGGAUCCACACCACCCGCUCCCAGCUACUCUCUGGCCUCAAGCACUGUGCCGGCUCCUCAGCCCACCCCAUGUGUCACCCAGGCCAGCAAGCAUCCCGCCUGCAAGGAGGGGAGCAGGCAGACAGUGGCCGAGCUAGGGGUCUGCUCGGGGCCAGAGCCCUGCCCCCGCCCAGCCUGGUGGUGGUGGCGUUUGUACCGUGCCCCCGGCAUGGCAGCGGCCGAGGUGCCCAGCUACCUCGUGUCCUCGCAGACGGAGAAGCACCGGCGGGCCCGCAACUGGACGGACGCGGAGAUGCGCGGCCUCAUGCUCGUCUGGGAGGAGUUCUUCGACGAGCUGAAGCAGACCAAGCGCAAUGCCAAGGUGUACGAGAAGAUGGCCAGCAAGCUGCUGGAGAUGACCGGCGAGCGCCGGCUGGGCGAGGAGAUCAAGAUCAAGAUCACCAACAUGACCUUCCAGUACAGGAAAUUAAAAUGCAUGACAGAUAGCGAGUCCGUCCCGCCCGACUGGCCCUAUUACCUAGCCAUUGAUAGGAUUCUGGCCAAGGUCCCCGAGUCCUGUGAUGGCAAGCUGCCGGACGGCCAGCAGCCGGGGCCCUCCACGUCCCAGACCGAGGCGUCCCUGUCGCCGUCUGCUAAGUCUACCCCUCUGUACUUACCGUAUAAGCAGUGCUCCUACGAAGGCCGCUUCCAGGACGAUGGCUCCGCCAGCUCCUCCAGCUUACUGUCCCUUAAGUUCAGGUCGGACGAGCGGCCCGUGAAGAAACGCAAGGGACAGGGCGGCCACUGGCAGAGGAAGAAGCUACGGCUGCUGGAGACCAUGCUGGAGGAGCAGCGCCGGCUCAGCCGCGCCCUGGAGGAGACGUGCCGCGAGCUGCGCCGCGGGCUGGACCAGCACAGCCUCCUGCAGGCGCAGGGCCUGCAGCUGCAGGAGCGCACGAUGAGCCUGCUCGAGAAGAUCAUCGCCAAGUCCGGGGUCUAGGCCGCCCACCGGCCCCCCGCCGCCGCCGCCUCGGCCUCCAGCGUUAAAGCCCCCCGGGCACGCGGCCGGGGCCCCGGGCUCACUGCAGGGCAGCUCCCGGGAAGAGCCUCCCGGAAUCUGCUCUCCAGUAUCGUCACUGUCGACGGUACUCGGAACGGCUUUUGAUGUUAAACGUGUCAUUUUCAUCACUGCCUGGAAGCGGAGGUCACGGUGCAGCCUUGGAGGGAGGCGCAGGCGGUCCCUCCCAAGACGAAGCGGGUGGACGCAGCGCGGGGGCAGGUGUGUCCCCCUCCCUGGGUCUGCUGCGUCGGCCCUGAGAGCCUCGAACACCCGGGCCAACCCCAGAGGCCCGCACCGCCUUCGGCGGCCUUUUUAUCUGUCCCCCCGGGACGUCGGGCGUCCCGACGGCGCUAAUAACAGCGGUGGCCCUGCCCGCUGGGGACACCCUGUCCUGUUCCACCAUCUCUGCCCAGGGAUGCGGCGGGGAUGAGACGAGGCCCAGCCUCGGGGAGCUGACCCUCGGGGGGCAGGCAGGCGAGUGAGUGGAGAAGCCAGGUAAGAGCAGCUUGUGGAAGUGCUGGCAGGGCAGGGCCGGGCUGGCCGUGGGCACACAUAGCCGGCAGCCAUCUAGGGGCUGCCUCCCCGGGAGGGAGACGGGCUGGGGGUGGGAGCCUCAGCACUGCGAGAUCUGCCAGCAGG